UAUUGACGGUGAGAUCUGACCUGUACUAUAGUACUAGCCCACAACUAGGCACUUUGUUACGUCUCGUAGAGGAUUCGGAUUUCUGCUCGAAGAGCUGAGCAAGGAGAUGGUAGCCGGGCGCGGAGCUACUGCCAACAGGCUGGUCCCGGCUGCUAAGCGCGAUGAGAGUGACUACUCCAGUGCCAGUGGACGGUCGAAGUCUGAAGAGAAAUCCCCUCGGACAAACGCUAAUGUGUCACGGCUGCUCAUAAUAUUUACCGCCGCCGUCUUGCCGCUAAUUUCAGCCACGGUGGUGAUCCUCACCGUCUGGGGUAUAGAAGAUGCCAUUGAAACAAGCAAUAACGAGAGAUGCGUAUCAGUAGAGUCAGUUGCUUGGUCCUCAUCCACCCUGGUCGAUCUGGUGUUGCAAGGCAAACCUAUUGUCGUGGAGAAUACGCCUUUCACCACCUGGCCAUGCAUGGACUGGACGUGGCCAUAUCUGCAGAACUCUGUGCACGCUGAUCUACCUGUCAAGCUGUCUCGCACUGCCGAGUUCAAGUACUCAACUUCAAGUAAGCCCUACUCAGGCUCAGCGGCGGCAACAAACCGUGUGAACUACUCCAAUAUCGUCAUGAACGCCAAGAAGCUCUUCCAUCGUUUACAAAAUGGAGAUUCAAGCAGUUACGUAUAUGCAAGUGGUGAAGCAGAGCUAUUAGGCAUUCCAGAGGAUUUCGGUGACCCGCGUGAUGUAUCGUUCCCAGCUGAUAUGCACAGCGAUGCUCAGAUCAACUUCUGGUUUGGCAGUAUGGGUGUAACGGCUGACUGGCACUACGAUACUUCAGACAACCUACAUGCUAUGAUUCACGGCAACAAAACAUUUCACCUGUACCCACCAUCAGCAUUCAGACAGCUUGGCCUGUACCCAUCCAUACACCACUUCUAUCGCCAGGCGCAGGUACCAUUCAACAUCAGUUCGAGAGGCAAACUUGUGAAUGGUGACAAAUACUCGGUGACACUACAAGCUGACCAGGCUCUGUACAUACCACCAUACUGGUUCCACAGUGUUCAAACACACGUGGCAUCUAUGUCGGUCAAUGCAUGGAGUCAAUCGGAGGCGUUUCUAACAAUGGAAAAGAUCUAUCAGCUCCCGAUCGCCCUUGAGUCUGACUGGCCAAGGUGUAAGCUUCUCUAUGGGGCCUGGCUGUUUGUCGACGAAGUCCUGCACAAGACAUUGAGCGACGAGAGAGCAGUGUUUUUGGCGCACACGCUGGCUAGUCGCUACAAGCUUGUGAAGUAUUCCAAUGCGGAUGAGAAUGAACACUGCCUAGCCUUGAAGCAAUGUGCAGCCGAUGCCAGAAUGAAUCAACUAGUGCCUGCUGAAGAAUUGGACAUCUUCAAAAGCGCUGUAACAAGCCGUGUGGCCGAUCAUGUGAUGCUGUUUCUGUCGAUGGCUCGCGAUGUUCGGGCCAUCAAUCUGGGCAACUUUGUCGAGCACCUGUAUUCUAUGGUGCUGGGCGUGGACCACCAGGAGUAUAUGCCCUGCCUGCUCGGUUUGGCCUGGCAAUGAACCCAGAGUCUCUACAGACAUGUUUGAUCUCUACUCCCUGUGCCAUUGGCCAGCAAGCCACAAGAGACUGCAGUUUACAAGUUGACGAGGCUCGUCAAUCAAAGACACUUCAACUCGGUGCGCCUUGAAGCUCAUGUUCUAUCAAGAAAGCGAUGGAUCUUUCCAGCAUACUGCAAAGGCAUAAUUAUUGCAAGAAUGGCACCCUUCUCACUUGCUGAGUUAUUUAUUUAUUUUUAUUUUAUUUAUUCACAAUCACGUGGCACUAGCCAAUGAAAUGGUGAUGUGGGCGAUAGCCAGCCAUGGGGGUUAGACCGCUGUGGAAACUAACAUGGCACAUGAGUAUUCAGUAACGGUACAGUCAUGAUGAUUCCGGCAGGGAGUUUCCCUAGCCACUUCGUCGGCUGAGCCACUUGUCCUGGCAACCAGGCAAGCACUACCUGCUUUUGAAGUGGUAUGAUGUUGGUGCUGCAGACCAACCGUGAGGCAUACCCGUGACGCUAUUGAGUGGAUCCAGCCAUAUAGCUAUGUCUCGCUAUCCAAGUUGGUAUGCCACGCUAUAGUGGAUCGAGCCAUGUAGCUAUGCCUCGCUAUAGGGGAUCCAGCCAAGUUGGUAUGCCAUGCUAUCGUAGAUCCAGCCCUAUAGGCAUGCCACUACAGCUUGCAUACGUUUGCCCAAGUCAAACUUUGUGCGAUGCAUUCCCAUCACACACAGCACUCUCAUGGAAGGGGAUGAUUUGUUUGCGAUGUAUGCUGCUGCACUACUUGUAGCGGUUUGAUUGUUUGUUGCACUGGUCUGUGUGCAAGACUGGCCAUGCCAUGUACGACACCAUGCAUGCAGCAGCACUCCAUGCUGAGUGCUAGAAAAUGAUGGAAUAAAAUAAUUGGCCUUCUUGGUCUUUAUCAUGGAA